UUUAACCCCCAUCUUAGUUUUACAUACAAAAUAUAAAGUCCCUCUGGGAGGAAUUUUAUUUUUGUACUCUAUAAUUCAAAUCAUAAUACUUUUUUUUUCUUCUCUAUUUUUUAUUAUUAAUUUAUAUUUUUUUAAUAUCAUGAGGUUUUACAAUAAAUUGUGGGCCCGUAUAACUGAAUCACGAUGGACCAUUUCAUAUAUAAGUUUCGCGGUGUUGCAAAUGAUAAUAGCAAUAGUAAUAGAAGCUAUAAUAUUACAAAAAAAUGAAAACAGUUAUGGAACAUUGACGACGUAUAUGGGUGAUGACGAUAAAGAGAACUUUGAAAAGAUUGUGUACAAAAAAUAUACGUAUACUCAAUAUAGUAAACAAUUCCAGUCGAUUAUACAUGGAAAUAUAUGGUUUAUGGUGUUUGAAGCCUUCCUUACAGCUUUAUGUUUUUCUUCGAAUACUAUUGAAGUAAUAUCAAUUGCAAUCAUAAAUGUAUGCUUAAUAUUUUUUGCGGGAGUACAAAUUUACCAAAGUAAUAAGUGGAUUAUUCGAGUUAAUUCACAAAUUGAAUUGGAUCUUAAGGAAAUAUCUUUAACUAAAGAUGUUAUUCCAUGGGAAGCACUUCAACUUGUAUUAAUGAUAGGUUUUACUUCCGCUUCGAUAGUUUUUGGAUACAAAUUAUAUAAGCAAUUUGGCUGGAAUAUCUACAAAGAAAUAGGUGCAAAUAUACAGAUGCAAAUGUUCCUUUUGCUACUAAAGUUAGAUCUACUUCUCUUGAUGGGGUUUCAAAUUCUUAAUUUAGUUUUCUUGUUCAGUGAUGCGGAAGAAGAUCAAACCACAACUAUAAUCAUCCAAAGUAUUAUGGUUGCAAGUGUUAUCCCAAUAGUCGGGUUAGCAUUAUGGGGGGUUCGGAGAGAAAAUCAAGUAGCCAUGUUCAUUUUUGCAGUGGCUUCUGUAGCUACUAUAGUGAAUUUUAUUUAUAUUUUAGCUAAGUUUAUCAUUAACAGAGAUGAAUACUUGUUAACAUUAUUGGAUAUCCUCGGUAUCUUAAUAACUAUAAUGUCAAUGGUGAUUGCCUAUUUAGCAACGCGUAAUUUCGAUCGUGGUUUGAAGAAUCAUUUUCAAAAAAGAGAUCAUGAAGAUGCUGUCAAUUUGGAAGCUUGCGGUGGUCAAGGACAGCGAAAACGGUUUUCAAUCGACGAUUAGCUUUUUAUGAUUGCUAAUUGAAGGUAAUAACUUUAAACAAUCUUUUUACCUAUUUACGUUUAGAGAUGAAUACUCACUUUUUAUCACAUUUUGUAAUACUAUAUUUGAUUUUUAAAGAAUUUUUUUUUUUUUUUUUU